AUGACCUCAAUGAUACGUCCAAGUUUUUUAAUAUAUACAGUGGCAACUAUAGUGCCAAUUACUUUAAUAACAACAUAUACCAUCCCCGAAAAGCUCCACCAUGAUAAACAAAUCAUUCCCUUUAUUUCAUCAUCAAUAAAUAAUGCACCAGAAGGGGAUUAUUUUAAUAAAUUUCACAUAAUUGGAAUAGUUAGUGCAUUUUCGAUGAAUGGGGUUGCAUCAUUCCAAUAUAAAAAUGCAAUGGACCCACAUCUUAUUUUUGCAGCUCUCUUUUUUUUAUGUGGAUUUACAUAUAUAGUUACUCAAACAAUUUUAGACAAAAAAACAUCAAAUAUUCCAUCAAAAAUCUUUAUUAUUAGAGUAGUUCUUUGUUGUGUUUGCUCUUUAUUUUUUAUAUAUGUUACUUUACAAUUUUUUAAAGGUCCAUUACUUCAAAAUAUUUCAGCAUUAUUCGAAAUUAUAUCAGCAAGUUGUAUUUUUAUCUAUUUGGUAACCUAUCUUUACGAAUUCUCAAAGAUGACUCUAAAUAUAGACUUUUCUUUAAAUAAUUAUUCACAAAAACAAAAUAAUCGAUCAUUAUUUGAUGAUUAA